AGCUAACACUCACCAAGACCAGAGAAGUCUACAGGAGGCGAGCACUGCUUGAGAAAAGCCCGCAGACACGAACGUAGACAUAGACAUGGAUGUGGGACGUGUCUCGGCUGACACUAGCACUAUGAAUGGAGACUCAGCUAUUUCGGCCAAUGGCAUUGGAUCACUUCAAACCCACAGGGCCUUGAAGGCCAUGCAUAAGGCUGCGCCUCCUGAACCCAGGAUGGAGUAUCCUGUGACUUCUCAUGAUGGGGAGACCUAUCCCCAGCAGAGAGGCCCCAUUGCUGGGGUGUACUUAGAGGCCUCUGCCCAGCCCCUGAGCCUCUACGAAGCCAUGCAGCAGGGCCUUCUCCCAGCCAAGCUGGGACUGGCUCUUCUUGAAGCCCAGGCAGCCACUGGGGGCCUCAUUGACCCCACUCAGGGUCAGCUGCUCCCUGUGGCUGAGGCCGUGAGACAGGGGCUGGUGGGCUUGGAGCUGAAAGAGAAGCUUCUCACAGCUGAGCGAGCCCUCACUGGCUACUCUGACCCCUAUGGGCCAGGGAAGCUGCCCCUCUUCCAGGCUCUCCACAAGGAAGUUGUGGCCAGGACUUCAGGCCUGAGUUGGCUGGAAGCCCAGCUGGCCACAGGUGGCAUAAUAGACCCUGCACAGGGAGGGCGUGUCCCACUGGAAAUUGCCUACCAGAGGGGCCUCCUGGAUGAGGAGACAGGCCGCAGCCUGGCUGACCCCACAGCAGAUGGUCCCCAGGCCUUCUCUGACCCCAACACCCAGGAGCCAGUCACCUACCAAGAACUUAGGGACAGGUGUGUGCUGAGCCCGGCCACGGGGCUGGCCCUGCUCCCUGUGAAGAUCACCUUCCCAGCCCUGGGAGGGAUGGUGAGCAGUGAACAGCUUCUGGAGGCUGGCGUCCUGUCUAGGGAGGUGUUUGAGGACCUGAAGGAGGGGAGGCUGCUUGUACCUGAGGUGAGGGCCCGGGAAGAAGUUCAGCGUUAUCUGGAGGGGACAGGCGGUGUGGCUGGGGUGCUCUUGCUGUCCACAGGCCAGAGGAGGAGCAUCUACCAGGCCUUGAUGGAGCACCUCCUUCCCCCGGGCACUGCACUUGCCCUCCUCCAGGCUCAGGCUGCUACGGGCUCCCUCAUGGACCCUGCCAGUGAUAAGAAGCUGGGGCUGGAUGAAGCCGUUAGGACUGGACUCGUGGGGCCCGAGUUCCGGGAGAAACUCUUGGUGGCAGAGCGGGCUGUCACCGGGUACCCAGAUCCCUUCAGCAUGGCUCUCAUCCCCCUCUUCCAAGCCAUGAGAAAAGGGCUAGUACAGAAGGAGUUGGCAUUCCGGCUUCUAGAGGCCCAGCUGGCCACAGGGGGCAUCAUCGAUCCUGUUAGGAAACACCGGCUGCCCCUGAAGACCGCCUUGCAAUGGGACUAUCUAGAUAAGGAGACGAUUGCCAGUCUCUCCCAACCUACUGGCUUCUUUGACCCCAACACUGAGGAGAACCUCACCUAUGAGCAGCUGCUUGUCCGCUGUGUCACUGACCCAGAGACCGGCUCCCUCCUCCUGCCCAUCUCUGGGGGAGAUGGCAGAGGGUAUUCAGAGGGACGCUGGUUCAUUGACCAUGCCACCCAGGAGGGCCUGAGGAAGGCCACAGUAGUUGCCACAUCAGGGAAGCUCAAAGGACAAAUGGUGUCUGUUUGGAAGCUGCUUUUCUCAGAUGCUAUCCCAGCAGAGCAGAGAGCCGACCUGGCCCAUCAGUACCGGGAAGGAGCCCUCUCAGUGGAGAUUCUGGCAGCCCAGCUCAGAGCCACCAUCGACCAGGCUGCUGCUGCCUCUCAGGUCACCUUCAAAGGCCUGAGGGAUCACGUGACGCCAAGGGAACUUCUCAAGUCAGAGAUCAUCAAUCAGGAUCUGUAUGAGAAGCUGGAGCAAGGACAGACGACAGCACAGGACGUGGGGGGCCUUGACUCCGUCAGGAAAUACCUGCAAGGGACAGGGUGCAUCAGUGGCUUGCUCCUGCCCGACUCCCAGGAGAAGAUCAGUAUCUAUGAGGCCAGAAGGAAGGGCUACCUGAGACCAGGGACAUCCCUUAUCCUUUUGGAGGCCCAGGCAGCCACAGGUUUUAUUAUCGACCCAAAGGAGAACAAGAGAUACUCUGUGGAGGAUGCCCUCCGGGCCAAUGUCAUCGGCCCUGAUAUUUAUGAAAAACUACUGUCAGCUGAGAGAGCGGUGACAGGUUACGUGGACCCGUACACAGGGGACAGGCUCUCCUUGUUCCAGGCCAUGAACAAAGACCUCAUUGUUAGGGACCAUGGCAUUCGCCUCCUAGAAGCCCAGAUUGCCACGGGUGGUAUCAUCGACCCUGUGCACAGUCACCGCGUCCCUGUGGAGGUGGCCUACAAGCGUGGCUACUUUGACCGAACAAUGAACCUGGUCUUAUCUGACCCCUCGGAUGACACCAGGGGCUUCUUUGACCCCAAUACACAUGAGAACCUCACCUACCUGCAGCUGUUGGAAAAGUGUGUGACAGAGCCAGCCACCGGCCUUUGCCUCUUGCCACUCAACAGCCAGAAGCCUCAGUUGGUAAAUGAAGCUACCCGCCAGGCUUUCCAGAGCUACCUCCUGCUGGUGAAGUACGGCAGGUUCAAAGGUCAAAGGGUGUCCGUGUGGGAUCUGAUCAACUCUGAGUACUUCAAGGAGGGCCAGAGGAGGGAGAUCCUGACCCAUUACAGGCUGAAGAAGAUAAGCCUGGAGCAGAUCGUGCAGAGAUUAGAGGAGGAGAUGAAGAAGUGGGCAGGCAUCACCCUGCCGACUCUCCGAGGUUGUGUAACUGCCUACCAGCUCCUGGAGUCCCACAUCAUUGACCGUGACCUCCUGGAGAAGGUUCUGGAAGGGAGGGUGAGUCCUGAGGAGCUCUUGAGAGUAGAGUCGGUCCGCAGGUACCUACAUGGUUCAGGGACCAUUGGGGGAGUGCUGCUACAACCUUCUAACCAGAGGCUUAGUCUCUAUGAAGCCAUGAAACAGAAACUGUUGGGGCCCGGAGUGGCUCUUCCUCUCCUUGAAGCCCAGGCUGCAACUGGCUCCCUCGUCGACCCUGUGAGCAGGGAGAAGCUGUCUGUGGAUGACGCUGUGCGAAAGGGAUUGGUAGGGCCGGAACUACACGAGAAGCUCCGUCAUGCUGAGGAGGCAGUGACAGGCUUCACAGACCCCUUUACAGGCAAGAAGGUUUCCCUCUUCCAGGCCAUGAAGAAGGGUCUGGUCUCUUCCCAGCAGGCCGUGCAGCUCCUAGAGGCCCAGGUUGCCACUGGGGGCAUCAUUGACCCCAAGGGCCACCACCACGUCCCCAUGGAAGUGGCCACCCAGCGGGGUUACAUUGAUGAGGAGAUGGAAAGAACCCUUUCUGGGGCCUCUCCUGCCACAAUCCAGACGUUCUCUACCGUGGAUGGGAGUGAGACCCUCAGCUAUGCCCAGCUUAUAGAGCACUGUCAACAGGACGAGGCUUCUGGCUAUUGUUUGCUGCCCCUGCCCCAAACAGGUCCCCCCGUCUCCUCAGAUGAGCAAAUUCAACAGGUCUUCCAGGCCACACUGGUGACUGAGAAGAAUAUCUCCCUCUGGGACUUGCUCUGCUCUGGCUACUUCACGGAGGAUCAGAGGGCGGUCUUCUUGGAAGACUUCCGGCUGGGGCGGAUGACGGCCCAGGAAAUCAUAGCUGCUGCUCUGAGGCAAGUCAGAGAGGCAGAGCUGCAAGCUCAGACCCGCAUCAUGCUACCAGGCCUACGGGGGGAUGUUCCUGCUGUCUGGAUGCUGGACACAGGAAUCAUUGAUCUGGAGACCCUAGAGGGACUGGUUCAAGGGACACAGUCACCGAGUGAGGUGGCCCAGAGACCAGAGGUGAAACGGUACUUACAGGGAACAGGAUGCAUUGCUGGGGUCCAGGUGGAGGGAUCCAAGGCCAAGAUGAGCAUCUACCAGGCCAUGAAAAGCAACUUGCUUCCCCCUGGCCUAGGGCUGAGGCUGCUAGAGGCCCAGCUGGCUGCAGGCUCACUCGUUGACCCGCAGAACAGCCAGAAGCUGUCUGUGGAAGAUGCGGUCAAGACUGGUGUGAUUGGGGUAGAGCUCAGUGAGCAGCUCAUUCAAGCAGAGCGAGCGGCAACUGGCUAUGCUGAUCCCUACACUGGCAACACCAUCUCUGUCUGGCAGGCCAUGGGCAAGGGGCUCAUUGACCAGAGUGAGGGCUUCCUCCUUCUGCAAGUACAGCUGGCUACCGGGGGCAUCGUAGACCCCCUCCACCACUUGCAUCUACCCCUGCCAGCUGCCUGCAGGCUUGGCUUUUUAGAUGAGGAGACAAAUCAAGUUCUAGCCAAGACCACUGAAGACAAGAAAUUUUUCUUCGACCCUAACACCCAUGACAAGGUGACAUACCAAGAGUUAAAGGACAGGUGCAUCUUGGAUUCAGAGACGGGCCUGUGGCUGCUCCCACUUUCCAGGAGUGUGGCAUUGGAUGUGGAUGACCACACCAUCAUGGCUCUGAAAGCUAUGACAGUCCCUGUCAAGGUGGGGAGGUUCAAAGGCCAAACUGUGUCACUAUGGGACCUGCUCCACUCUGAGUAUGUUAGUGCUGACAAGCAGAAGGAGCUGGUAGACCUGGGUCGCUCAGGAAGGGCUGCGGCCCUACGCCAGGUAGUCACAGAUGUUACCGCCCUCAUUGAGGAAACAGAGCAGAGAGCCAGGCAGAUCACGUUCCCCGGCCUCAGGAAGCAGGUGUCGGCCAAUGACCUGUUCAGAUCCCAGCUCAUUGACAAGAAAACACUGGAUGAUCUGAACCAGGGGAAAAAAACAGUACACGAAGUGACCGAGAUGGAGGGUGUGAAGCAGUUCUUAGAGGGAGGCAACUUCAUAGCUGGGGUCCUGAUCCAGAGCACAAAGGAGAGGCUGAGUAUCUACGAUGCCAUGCGGAGGCACAUCCUGAGGCCCGGCACGGCCUUGGUGCUGCUCGAGGCCCAGGCCGCCACUGGCUUCAUUAUUGACCCCGUACAGAACAAGAAGUUGUCAGUUGAGCAAGCAUUAUCGGCUGGACUAAUCGGAAGAGAAGUGUACGAGAAGCUUCUGAGUGCCGAGAAGGCAGUGACCGGCUACGUGGAGCCCUACACCAAUGAGCAAAUUUCCCUCUUUGAAGCCAUGAACAAGGGACUCAUCCUAAAGUCCCAUGCCAUCCGCCUUUUAGAGGCCCAGAUCGCCACAGGUGGCAUCAUCGACCCCAUACACAGCCACCGAGUGCCCGUGGAGGUGGCCUACCAACGUGGCUACUUUGAUGAGGAGAUGAACCAGAUCCUAUCUGACCCUUCCGACGACACCAAGGGCUUCUUUGACCCCAACACCCACGAGAACCUCACCUACCUGCAGCUGCUGGAGAGGUGUAUUCAAGAGUCAGAAACUGGGCUCUAUAUGUUGCAAAUCGUACAGAAAGGAGAGAACUACAUUUACAUAGAUGAGGCUACCAAACAGCUGCUGCGAUCUAGGACCACCAAAGUGCCCAUGGGAAAGUUUGCCCAUCAGACUGUUUCUGUCUGGGACUUGCUUUCCUCUCAGUACUUCACACAGCAGAAAAAGAGAGAUCUGGUCAGACAGUUCAAAUCGAAGACUCUGCACCUGGAGCAACUCUUAGAAAUGAUCAUGAACACCAUGGAGGAAACGGAAAAACGGAACCAGGCAAUUAAGGUGAAAGGAAUCCGCACAGAUGUGACAGCUGCUGAGCUGUUCAACUCUGGGAUCAUUGACGAGAAGAUCCUUGCAGGACUUCCUAAGGGAAAGAAAGCAGCAGAAAGACUUAGCCAACUAGAAGCAGUGAAAAGGUACACAGAAGGGACCGGCUGCAUUGCUGGGGUGCUGAUGCCAUCGACAGAGGAGAGAAUGAGUGUCUAUGAGGCUAUGAAGACAGAGGUGAUACCCAGGCCAAUUGGGAUGCAACUUUUGCAGGCUCAGGCUGCUACUGGCUUCAUCAUCAAUCCUGUGCAUAACCAGAAACUGUCUGUAGAUGAGGCCGUGGCUGCAGGUGUGGUGGGUGAGGAGGUAAAGGAAGACCUCCAAAAUGCAGAGAAGGCUGUCACUGGCUAUGAGGACCCAGACACAGGUGAGCGGAUCUCCCUGUACAAAGCCAUGAAGAAAGGUCUUGUAGAAAAAGAGGAAGCAAUGAGGAUGCUAGAGGCACAAGUGGCCACAGGGGGUGUAAUUGACCCGAGACAUGGCCACCGUGUCCCUGUGGAUGUGGCCUACCAACGUGGCUGCUUGGACCCUGAAAUGUACAACUUAUUGUCAAAUAGGAGCCAUGGGAGCAAAAGGUACCAAGAUCCCAAUACACAUGAAAAAGUGAAUUAUGCAGAACUCCAUGCAAGGUGUGUGAAAGACCAAAAAACAGGAUUGGGUCUUGUCCCCCUGGUCAAGCAGGAAAAGAAUUACAGGAACAUUGAGGAAGUGACAGAGAAGGCACUUAAGGCAGAAAUGGUGGUGGUAGAAAAGGGAAAAUAUAAAGGGAGGAAGAUGUCAGUGUGGGACCUGCUUUGUUCUGAAUAUGUCACAGAAGAUAAGAAACAGGAAUUGGUGCAAAAGUACAGACAGGACACAUCACGAGCACUGGAAAAUAUUGUAAAAAUAAUUUGGAAAUUAAUUGAAGAAAAGGAAAAGAAAAGAACGGAGGUGUGGUUCAAAGGGCUGAGAAGGCAAGUAACAGCUACUGAACUUUUCAAAGCUAAUAUCAUAAAUAAAGAUGUGUUGGAUGAAUUGGAGAGGGGACAAAAAGAAGUAACAGAAAUAGCUGAGAAAGAAAGGGUAAAAAAGUACCUUGAAGGGACAAGCAGCAUCGCGGGCGUCCUGGUGCCCUCCAAGGCAGACCCGGCCAAGCAGGAGAAGAUGAGCAUCUACCAGGCCAUGUGGAAGGGCAUCCUGAGGCCCGGCACGGCCCUGGUGCUGCUGGAGGCCCAGGCCGCCACGGGCUUCGUCAUCGACCCGCUGCGCAACCAGAAGCUGUCCGUGGAGGAGGCCGUGGCCGCGGGCGUGGUGGGCGGGGAGAUCCAGGGGAAGCUGCUGUCCGCAGAGAAGGCCGUCACCGGCUACACGGACCCCUACACGGGAGAGCAGAUCUCCCUCUUCCAGGCCAUGAAGAGGGACCUGAUCGUCAAGGACCACGGCGUGAGGCUGCUGGAGGCCCAGAUCGCCACGGGCGGCGUCAUCGACCCCGUGCACAGCCACCGCGUGCCCGUGGAGGUGGCCUACCAGCGCGGCUACUUUGACGAGGAGAUGAGCCAGAUCCUGUCCGACCCCUCUGACGACACCAAGGGCUUCUUUGACCCCAACACUCACGAGAACCUCACCUACAUGCAGCUGCUGCGCAGGUGCGUCCGCGACCCCGACACCGGCCUCUACAUGCUGCAGCUGGUGGACAAGAACUCCGCCGUGUCCCAGCUGAACGAGCAGAUGCGCCGCGUCCUGCAGGACGCCAUGGUCACCGUCCACGGGGGCCUCUUCCGGGGCCAGACCGUGUCCGUGUGGGAACUCCUGUGGUGCAGGGACGUUCCCGAGAGCCAGAGGCAGGCGCUGCUGAGAAAGUACCGGGAGGGCACCCUGUCCAUCGAGGAGCUCAGCAGCACCCUCGCCACCCUGGUGAUGGAGGCCGGGGACCAGAGCCCCCGACGCCUCGGGGGGGAGUCUUCCGGAGACCAGCGUGAUGCCUCUGCCCGCAGCCCAGCGGGGCACAGCUCCUCUCGAGAGGGCCUGCGCCCACGCAGCAGGCUUCAGGCCGCCACAAUGGAGGUGAAGGUCGGCCACCUGAGGGGGCAGAAGGUCCCCGUCUGGGAUGUCCUGGUGUCCACGUACGUGACCGAGGUCACCCGGGAGGACCUCCUGGCCCAGUAUGACUCGGGGGCCCUACCCCUGCCAGCGCUGACACGCAGGCUCACCACCAUCAUCGAAGAGUCAGAAGGGGUGUCCCAGGACAGAGAAGCCAGGCAGUCUGAAGGAGGCCACAGCAGCAGCCACAGCAGCAGAGGCGGCAUUGUCUGGCAGGAGGGCCCAGCGGGGGCCGAUGCGGACGCAGAGAACUCCCGCCUCCGCGAGGAAGCUCUCGGGGCUCUGAGGACCACCACCAUGGAGGUGAAGGUGGGACAGUUCAAGGGGCAGAUGGUCCCCGUGUGGGACGUGCUCUUCUCCAAGUACCUGACCGAGGCCAGGAGGGAGGAGCUCUUGGCACAGCACGCCUCUGGCGCCCUGACCCUGCAGGCCCUCAUCACCACGCUCACCACCAUCAUCGAGGAGACGGAGGAGAAGCUGAGCAAGGUGUCUUUCCGGGGCCUGAGGAGGCAGGUGUCGGCCUCUGAGCUGCGCACCUCCAACAUCCUGGGCCUGGACACGCUGCGGGACCUGGCGCAGGGCACCAAGAGCCUGCAGGAGAUCACGGAGAUGGACUCGGUCAAGAGGUACCUGGAGGGCACCAGCUGCAUCGCGGGCGUCCUGGUGCCCUCCAAGGCAGACCCGGCCAAGCAGGAGAAGAUGAGCAUCUACCAGGCCAUGUGGAAGGGCAUCCUGAGGCCCGGCACGGCCCUGGUGCUGCUGGAGGCCCAGGCCGCCACGGGCUUCGUCAUCGACCCGCUGCGCAACCAGAAGCUGUCCGUGGAGGAGGCCGUGGCCGCGGGCGUGGUGGGCGGGGAGAUCCAGGAGAAGCUGCUGUCCGCAGAGAAGGCCGUCACCGGCUACACGGACCCCUACACGGGAGAGCAGAUCUCCCUCUUCCAGGCCAUGAAGAGGGACCUGAUCGUCAAGGACCACGGCGUGAGGCUGCUGGAGGCCCAGAUCGCCACGGGCGGCGUCAUCGACCCCGUGCACAGCCACCGCGUGCCCGUGGAGGUGGCCUACCAGCGCGGCUACUUUGACGAGGAGAUGAGCCAGAUCCUGUCCGACCCCUCUGACGACACCAAGGGCUUCUUUGACCCCAACACUCACGAGAACCUCACCUACAUGCAGCUGCUGCGCAGGUGCGUCCGCGACCCCGACACCGGCCUCUACAUGCUGCAGCUGGUGGACAAGAACUCCGCCGUGUCCCAGCUGAACGAGCAGAUGCGCCGCGUCCUGCAGGACGCCAUGGUCACCGUCCACGGGGGCCUCUUCCGGGGCCAGACCGUGUCCGUGUGGGAACUCCUGUGGUGCAGGGACGUUCCCGAGAGCCAGAGGCAGGCGCUGCUGAGAAAGUACCGGGAGGGCACCCUGUCCAUCGAGGAGCUCAGCAGCACCCUCGCCACCCUGGUGAUGGAGGCCGGGGACCAGAGCCCCCGACGCCUCGGGGGGGAGUCUUCCGGAGACCAGCGUGAUGCCUCUGCCCGCAGCCCAGCGGGGCACAGCUCCUCUCGAGAGGGCCUGCACCCACGCAGCAGGCUUCAGGCCGCCACAAUGGAGGUGAAGGUCGGCCACCUGAGGGGGCAGAAGGUCCCCGUCUGGGAUGUCCUGGUGUCCACGUACGUGACCGAGGUCACCCGGGAGGACCUCCUGGCCCAGUAUGACUCGGGGGCCCUACCCCUGCCAGCGCUGACCCGCAGGCUCACCACCAUCAUCGAAGAGUCAGAAGGGGUGUCCCAGGACAGAGAAGCCAGGCAGUCUGAAGGAGGCCACAGCAGCAGCCACAGCAGCAGCCACAGCAGCAGAGGCGGCAUUGUCUGGCAGGAGGGCCUAGCGGGGGCCGAUGCGGACGCAGAGAACUCCCGCCUCCGCGAGGAAGCUCUCGGGGCUCUGAGGACCACCACCAUGGAGGUGAAGGUGGGACAGUUCAAGGGGCAGAUGGUCCCCGUGUGGGACGUGCUCUUCUCCAAGUACCUGACCGAGGCCAGGAGGGAGGAGCUCUUGGCACAGCACGCCUCUGGCGCCCUGACCCUGCAGGCCCUCAUCACCACGCUCACCACCAUCAUCGAGGAGACGGAGGAGAAGCUGAGCAAGGUGUCUUUCCGGGGCCUGAGGAGGCAGGUGUCGGCCUCUGAGCUGCGCACCUCCAACAUCCUGGGCCUGGACACGCUGCGGGACCUGGCGCAGGGCACCAAGAGCCUGCAGGAGAUCACGGAGAUGGACUCGGUCAAGAGGUACCUGGAGGGCACCAGCUGCAUCGCGGGCGUCCUGGUGCCCUCCAAGGCAGACCCGGCCAAGCAGGAGAAGAUGAGCAUCUACCAGGCCAUGUGGAAGGGCAUCCUGAGGCCCGGCACGGCCCUGGUGCUGCUGGAGGCCCAGGCCGCCACGGGCUUCGUCAUCGACCCGCUGCGCAACCAGAAGCUGUCCGUGGAGGAGGCCGUGGCCGCGGGCGUGGUGGGCGGGGAGAUCCAGGGGAAGCUGCUGUCCGCAGAGAAGGCCGUCACCGGCUACACGGACCCCUACACGGGAGAGCAGAUCUCCCUCUUCCAGGCCAUGAAGAGGGACCUGAUCGUCAAGGACCACGGCGUGAGGCUGCUGGAGGCCCAGAUCGCCACGGGCGGCGUCAUCGACCCCGUGCACAGCCACCGCGUGCCCGUGGAGGUGGCCUACCAGCGCGGCUACUUUGACGAGGAGAUGAGCCAGAUCCUGUCCGACCCCUCUGACGACACCAAGGGCUUCUUUGACCCCAACACUCACGAGAACCUCACCUACAUGCAGCUGCUGCGCAGGUGCGUCCGCGACCCCGACACCGGCCUCUACAUGCUGCAGCUGGUGGACAAGAACUCCGCCGUGUCCCAGCUGAACGAGCAGAUGCGCCGCGUCCUGCAGGACGCCAUGGUCACCGUCCACGGGGGCCUCUUCCGGGGCCAGACCGUGUCCGUGUGGGAACUCCUGUGGUGCAGGGACGUUCCCGAGAGCCAGAGGCAGGCGCUGCUGAGAAAGUACCGGGAGGGCACCCUGUCCAUCGAGGAGCUCAGCAGCACCCUCGCCACCCUGGUGAUGGAGGCCGGGGACCAGAGCCCCCGACGCCUCGGGGGGGAGUCUUCCGGAGACCAGCGUGAUGCCUCUGCCCGCAGCCCAGCGGGGCACAGCUCCUCUCGAGAGGGCCUGCGCCCACGCAGCAGGCUUCAGGCCGCCACAAUGGAGGUGAAGGUCGGCCACCUGAGGGGGCAGAAGGUCCCCGUCUGGGAUGUCCUGGUGUCCACGUACGUGACCGAGGUCACCCGGGAGGACCUCCUGGCCCAGUAUGACUCGGGGGCCCUACCCCUGCCAGCGCUGACACGCAGGCUCACCACCAUCAUCGAAGAGUCAGAAGGGGUGUCCCAGGACAGAGAAGCCAGGCAGUCUGAAGGAGGCCACAGCAGCAGCCACAGCAGCAGCCACAGCAGCAGAGGCGGCAUUGUCUGGCAGGAGGGCCUAGCGGGGGCCGAUGCGGACGCAGAGAACUCCCGCCUCCGCGAGGAAGCUCUCGGGGCUCUGAGGACCACCACCAUGGAGGUGAAGGUGGGACAGUUCAAGGGGCAGAUGGUCCCCGUGUGGGACGUGCUCUUCUCCAAGUACCUGACCGAGGCCAGGAGGGAGGAGCUCUUGGCACAGCACGCCUCUGGCGCCCUGACCCUGCAGGCCCUCAUCACCACGCUCACCACCAUCAUCGAGGAGACGGAGGAGAAGCUGAGCAAGGUGUCUUUCCGGGGCCUGAGGAGGCAGGUGUCGGCCUCUGAGCUGCGCACCUCCAACAUCCUGGGCCUGGACACGCUGCGGGACCUGGCGCAGGGCACCAAGAGCCUGCAGGAGAUCACGGAGAUGGACUCGGUCAAGAGGUACCUGGAGGGCACCAGCUGCAUCGCGGGCGUCCUGGUGCCCUCCAAGGCAGACCCGGCCAAGCAGGAGAAGAUGAGCAUCUACCAGGCCAUGUGGAAGGGCAUCCUGAGGCCCGGCACGGCCCUGGUGCUGCUGGAGGCCCAGGCCGCCACGGGCUUCGUCAUCGACCCGCUGCGCAACCAGAAGCUGUCCGUGGAGGAGGCCGUGGCCGCGGGCGUGGUGGGCGGGGAGAUCCAGGGGAAGCUGCUGUCCGCAGAGAAGGCCGUCACCGGCUACACGGACCCCUACACGGGAGAGCAGAUCUCCCUCUUCCAGGCCAUGAAGAGGGACCUGAUCGUCAAGGACCACGGCGUGAGGCUGCUGGAGGCCCAGAUCGCCACGGGCGGCGUCAUCGACCCCGUGCACAGCCACCGCGUGCCCGUGGAGGUGGCCUACCAGCGCGGCUACUUUGACGAGGAGAUGAGCCAGAUCCUGUCCGACCCCUCUGACGACACCAAGGGCUUCUUUGACCCCAACACUCACGAGAACCUCACCUACAUGCAGCUGCUGCGCAGGUGCGUCCGCGACCCCGACACCGGCCUCUACAUGCUGCAGCUGGUGGACAAGAACUCCGCCGUGUCCCAGCUGAACGAGCAGAUGCGCCGCGUCCUGCAGGACGCCAUGGUCACCGUCCACGGGGGCCUCUUCCGGGGCCAGACCGUGUCCGUGUGGGAACUCCUGUGGUGCAGGGACGUUCCCGAGAGCCAGAGGCAGGCGCUGCUGAGAAAGUACCGGGAGGGCACCCUGUCCAUCGAGGAGCUCAGCAGCACCCUCGCCACCCUGGUGAUGGAGGCCGGGGACCAGAGCCCCCGACGCCUCGGGGGGGAGUCUUCCGGAGACCAGCGUGAUGCCUCUGCCCGCAGCCCAGCGGGGCACAGCUCCUCUCGAGAGGGCCUGCGCCCACGCAGCAGGCUUCAGGCCGCCACAAUGGAGGUGAAGGUCGGCCACCUGAGGGGGCAGAAGGUCCCCGUCUGGGAUGUCCUGGUGUCCACGUACGUGACCGAGGUCACCCGGGAGGACCUCCUGGCCCAGUAUGACUCGGGGGCCCUACCCCUGCCAGCGCUGACACGCAGGCUCACCACCAUCAUCGAAGAGUCAGAAGGGGUGUCCCAGGACAGAGAAGCCAGGCAGUCUGAAGGAGGCCACAGCAGCAGCCACAGCAGCAGAGGCGGCAUUGUCUGGCAGGAGGGCCCAGCGGGGGCCGAUGCGGACGCAGAGAACUCCCGCCUCCGCGAGGAAGCUCUCGGGGCUCUGAGGACCACCACCAUGGAGGUGAAGGUGGGACAGUUCAAGGGGCAGAUGGUCCCCGUGUGGGACGUGCUCUUCUCCAAGUACCUGACCGAGGCCAGGAGGGAGGAGCUCUUGGCACAGCACGCCUCUGGCGCCCUGACCCUGCAGGCCCUCAUCACCACGCUCACCACCAUCAUCGAGGAGACGGAGGAGAAGCUGAGCAAGGUGUCUUUCCGGGGCCUGAGGAGGCAGGUGUCGGCCUCUGAGCUGCGCACCUCCAACAUCCUGGGCCUGGACACGCUGCGGGACCUGGCGCAGGGCACCAAGAGCCUGCAGGAGAUCACGGAGAUGGACUCGGUCAAGAGGUACCUGGAGGGCACCAGCUGCAUCGCGGGCGUCCUGGUGCCCUCCAAGGCAGACCCGGCCAAGCAGGAGAAGAUGAGCAUCUACCAGGCCAUGUGGAAGGGCAUCCUGAGGCCCGGCACGGCCCUGGUGCUGCUGGAGGCCCAGGCCGCCACGGGCUUCGUCAUCGACCCGCUGCGCAACCAGAAGCUGUCCGUGGAGGAGGCCGUGGCCGCGGGCGUGGUGGGCGGGGAGAUCCAGGGGAAGCUGCUGUCCGCAGAGAAGGCCGUCACCGGCUACACGGACCCCUACACGGGAGAGCAGAUCUCCCUCUUCCAGGCCAUGAAGAGGGACCUGAUCGUCAAGGACCACGGCGUGAGGCUGCUGGAGGCCCAGAUCGCCACGGGCGGCGUCAUCGACCCCGUGCACAGCCACCGCGUGCCCGUGGAGGUGGCCUACCAGCGCGGCUACUUUGACGAGGAGAUGAGCCAGAUCCUGUCCGACCCCUCUGACGACACCAAGGGCUUCUUUGACCCCAACACUCACGAGAACCUCACCUACAUGCAGCUGCUGCGCAGGUGCGUCCGCGACCCCGACACCGGCCUCUACAUGCUGCAGCUGGUGGACAAGAACUCCGCCGUGUCCCAGCUGAACGAGCAGAUGCGCCGCGUCCUGCAGGACGCCAUGGUCACCGUCCACGGGGGCCUCUUCCGGGGCCAGACCGUGUCCGUGUGGGAACUCCUGUGGUGCAGGGACGUUCCCGAGAGCCAGAGGCAGGCGCUGCUGAGAAAGUACCGGGAGGGCACCCUGUCCAUCGAGGAGCUCAGCAGCACCCUCGCCACCCUGGUGAUGGAGGCCGGGGACCAGAGCCCCCGACGCCUCGGGGGGGAGUCUUCCGGAGACCAGCGUGAUGCCUCUGCCCGCAGCCCAGCGGGGCACAGCUCCUCUCGAGAGGGCCUGCGCCCACGCAGCAGGCUUCAGGCCGCCACAAUGGAGGUGAAGGUCGGCCACCUGAGGGGGCAGAAGGUCCCCGUCUGGGAUGUCCUGGUGUCCACGUACGUGACCGAGGUCACCCGGGAGGACCUCCUGGCCCAGUAUGACUCGGGGGCCCUACCCCUGCCAGCGCUGACCCGCAGGCUCACCACCAUCAUCGAAGAGUCAGAAGGGGUGUCCCAGGACAGAGAAGCCAGGCAGUCUGAAGGAGGCCACAGCAGCAGCCACAGCAGCAGCCACAGCAGCAGAGGCGGCAUUGUCUGGCAGGAGGGCCUAGCGGGGGCCGAUGCGGACGCAGAGAACUCCCGCCUCCGCGAGGAAGCUCUCGGGGCUCUGAGGACCACCACCAUGGAGGUGAAGGUGGGACAGUUCAAGGGGCAGAUGGUCCCCGUGUGGGACGUGCUCUUCUCCAAGUACCUGACCGAGGCCAGGAGGGAGGAGCUCUUGGCACAGCACGCCUCUGGCGCCCUGACCCUGCAGGCCCUCAUCACCACGCUCACCACCAUCAUCGAGGAGACGGAGGAGAAGCUGAGCAAGGUGUCUUUCCGGGGCCUGAGGAGGCAGGUGUCGGCCUCUGAGCUGCGCACCUCCAACAUCCUGGGCCUGGACACGCUGCGGGACCUGGCGCAGGGCACCAAGAGCCUGCAGGAGAUCACGGAGAUGGACUCGGUCAAGAGGUACCUGGAGGGCACCAGCUGCAUCGCGGGCGUCCUGGUGCCCUCCAAGGCAGACCCGGCCAAGCAGGAGAAGAUGAGCAUCUACCAGGCCAUGUGGAAGGGCAUCCUGAGGCCCGGCACGGCCCUGGUGCUGCUGGAGGCCCAGGCCGCCACGGGCUUCGUCAUCGACCCGCUGCGCAACCAGAAGCUGUCCGUGGAGGAGGCCGUGGCCGCGGGCGUGGUGGGCGGGGAGAUCCAGGGGAAGCUGCUGUCCGCAGAGAAGGCCGUCACCGGCUACACGGACCCCUACACGGGAGAGCAGAUCUCCCUCUUCCAGGCCAUGAAGAGGGACCUGAUCGUCAAGGACCACGGCGUGAGGCUGCUGGAGGCCCAGAUCGCCACGGGCGGCGUCAUCGACCCCGUGCACAGCCACCGCGUGCCCGUGGAGGUGGCCUACCAGCGCGGCUACUUUGACGAGGAGAUGAGCCAGAUCCUGUCCGACCCCUCUGACGACACCAAGGGCUUCUUUGACCCCAACACUCACGAGAACCUCACCUACAUGCAGCUGCUGCGCAGGUGCGUCCGCGACCCCGACACCGGCCUCUACAUGCUGCAGCUGGUGGACAAGAACUCCGCCGUGUCCCAGCUGAACGAGCAGAUGCGCCGCGUCCUGCAGGACGCCAUGGUCACCGUCCACGGGGGCCUCUUCCGGGGCCAGACCGUGUCCGUGUGGGAACUCCUGUGGUGCAGGGACGUUCCCGAGAGCCAGAGGCAGGCGCUGCUGAGAAAGUACCGGGAGGGCACCCUGUCCAUCGAGGAGCUCAGCAGCACCCUCGCCACCCUGGUGAUGGAGGCCGGGGACCAGAGCCCCCGACGCCUCGGGGGGGAGUCUUCCGGAGACCAGCGUGAUGCCUCUGCCCGCAGCCCAGCGGGGCACAGCUCCUCUCGAGAGGGCCUGCGCCCACGCAGCAGGCUUCAGGCCGCCACAAUGGAGGUGAAGGUCGGCCACCUGAGGGGGCAGAAGGUCCCCGUCUGGGAUGUCCUGGUGUCCACGUACGUGACCGAGGUCACCCGGGAGGACCUCCUGGCCCAGUAUGACUCGGGGGCCCUACCCCUGCCAGCGCUGACCCGCAGGCUCACCACCAUCAUCGAAGAGUCAGAAGGGGUGUCCCAGGACAGAGAAGCCAGGCAGUCUGAAGGAGGCCACAGCAGCAGCCACAGCAGCAGAGGCGGCAUUGUCUGGCAGGAGGGCCCAGCGGGGGCCGAUGCGGACGCAGAGAACUCCCGCCUCCGCGAGGAAGCUCUCGGGGCUCUGAGGACCACCACCAUGGAGGUGAAGGUGGGACAGUUCAAGGGGCAGAUGGUCCCCGUGUGGGACGUGCUCUUCUCCAAGUACCUGACCGAGGCCAGGAGGGAGGAGCUCUUGGCACAGCACGCCUCUGGCGCCCUGACCCUGCAGGCCCUCAUCACCACGCUCACCACCAUCAUCGAGGAGACGGAGGAGAAGCUGAGCAAGGUGUCUUUCCGGGGCCUGAGGAGGCAGGUGUCGGCCUCUGAGCUGCGCACCUCCAACAUCCUGGGCCUGGACACGCUGCGGGACCUGGCGCAGGGCACCAAGAGCCUGCAGGAGAUCACGGAGAUGGACUCGGUCAAGAGGUACCUGGAGGGCACCAGCUGCAUCGCGGGCGUCCUGGUGCCCUCCAAGGCAGACCCGGCCAAGCAGGAGAAGAUGAGCAUCUACCAGGCCAUGUGGAAGGGCAUCCUGAGGCCCGGCACGGCCCUGGUGCUGCUGGAGGCCCAGGCCGCCACGGGCUUCGUCAUCGACCCGCUGCGCAACCAGAAGCUGUCCGUGGAGGAGGCCGUGGCCGCGGGCGUGGUGGGCGGGGAGAUCCAGGGGAAGCUGCUGUCCGCAGAGAAGGCCGUCACCGGCUACACGGACCCCUACACGGGAGAGCAGAUCUCCCUCUUCCAGGCCAUGAAGAGGGACCUGAUCGUCAAGGACCACGGCGUGAGGCUGCUGGAGGCCCAGAUCGCCACGGGCGGCGUCAUCGACCCCGUGCACAGCCACCGCGUGCCCGUGGAGGUGGCCUACCAGCGCGGCUACUUUGACGAGGAGAUGAGCCAGAUCCUGUCCGACCCCUCUGACGACACCAAGGGCUUCUUUGACCCCAACACUCACGAGAACCUCACCUACAUGCAGCUGCUGCGCAGGUGCGUCCGCGACCCCGACACCGGCCUCUACAUGCUGCAGCUGGUGGACAAGAACUCCGCCGUGUCCCAGCUGAACGAGCAGAUGCGCCGCGUCCUGCAGGACGCCAUGGUCACCGUCCACGGGGGCCUCUUCCGGGGCCAGACCGUGUCCGUGUGGGAACUCCUGUGGUGCAGGGACGUUCCCGAGAGCCAGAGGCAGGCGCUGCUGAGAAAGUACCGGGAGGGCACCCUGUCCAUCGAGGAGCUCAGCAGCACCCUCGCCACCCUGGUGAUGGAGGCCGGGGACCAGAGCCCCCGACGCCUCGGGGGGGAGUCUUCCGGAGACCAGCGUGAUGCCUCUGCCCGCAGCCCAGCGGGGCACAGCUCCUCUCGAGAGGGCCUGCGCCCACGCAGCAGGCUUCAGGCCGCCACAAUGGAGGUGAAGGUCGGCCACCUGAGGGGGCAGAAGGUCCCCGUCUGGGAUGUCCUGGUGUCCACGUACGUGACCGAGGUCACCCGGGAGGACCUCCUGGCCCAGUAUGACUCGGGGGCCCUACCCCUGCCAGCGCUGACCCGCAGGCUCACCACCAUCAUCGAAGAGUCAGAAGGGGUGUCCCAGGACAGAGAAGCCAGGCAGUCUGAAGGAGGCCACAGCAGCAGCCACAGCAGCAGCCACAGCAGCAGAGGCGGCAUUGUCUGGCAGGAGGGCCCAGCGGGGGCCGAUGCGGACGCAGAGAACUCCCGCCUCCGCGAGGAAGCUCUCGGGGCUCUGAGGACCACCACCAUGGAGGUGAAGGUGGGACAGUUCAAGGGGCAGAUGGUCCCCGUGUGGGACGUGCUCUUCUCCAAGUACCUGACCGAGGCCAGGAGGGAGGAGCUCUUGGCACAGCACGCCUCUGGCGCCCUGACCCUGCAGGCCCUCAUCACCACGCUCACCACCAUCAUCGAGGAGACGGAGGAGAAGCUGAGCAAGGUGUCUUUCCGGGGCCUGAGGAGGCAGGUGUCGGCCUCUGAGCUGCGCACCUCCAACAUCCUGGGCCUGGACACGCUGCGGGACCUGGCGCAGGGCACCAAGAGCCUGCAGGAGAUCACGGAGAUGGACUCGGUCAAGAGGUACCUGGAGGGCACCAGCUGCAUCGCGGGCGUCCUGGUGCCCUCCAAGGCAGACCCGGCCAAGCAGGAGAAGAUGAGCAUCUACCAGGCCAUGUGGAAGGGCAUCCUGAGGCCCGGCACGGCCCUGGUGCUGCUGGAGGCCCAGGCCGCCACGGGCUUCGUCAUCGACCCGCUGCGCAACCAGAAGCUGUCCGUGGAGGAGGCCGUGGCCGCGGGCGUGGUGGGCGGGGAGAUCCAGGAGAAGCUGCUGUCCGCAGAGAAGGCCGUCACCGGCUACACGGACCCCUACACGGGAGAGCAGAUCUCCCUCUUCCAGGCCAUGAAGAGGGACCUGAUCGUCAAGGACCACGGCGUGAGGCUGCUGGAGGCCCAGAUCGCCACGGGCGGCGUCAUCGACCCCGUGCACAGCCACCGCGUGCCCGUGGAGGUGGCCUACCAGCGCGGCUACUUUGACGAGGAGAUGAGCCAGAUCCUGUCCGACCCCUCUGACGACACCAAGGGCUUCUUUGACCCCAACACUCACGAGAAUCUCACCUAUAUGGAGCUCCUUCAGCGGUGUACCUUGGAUCCUGCUAGUGGCCUCUUAUUUCUUUCUCUUAAGUAAUGUUUAAUUCUUCCCAUUUUGUUCAUUUUUGUUUCAUUAUUUCCUUGCCAUUUUCUUCUAUUUUGUGUUUUCCUGUGUUCUUUUUUGUUUUCAUUUUUCCUUUCUUUAACUGUUUUUCAUAUCACUUUUUGUACCAACUAUUUUCUCGUCUCAGUACCAAUUAUUUGUAUUGCCAUUUCCAAUAUUAUAAUAUAUCCACUGCCCUCUUUGGUUUUAUAUUUGGCCUUCUUUUUAUUUUCCUUUUUAUUUAAGUAACUUUGACAUUAUAUAUUUUUUGUGGAAAUAUUCUUGCCAAUUCUCAAAUUUUCUCAUUCAUUUAUUGAUUUAAGAAAUCCUCCUUCAUGUGUAUCUUUCCGUUUUUCUGAAAUAGGGUGAAUCAGCAGGUUCUAAUCAUUCCUAGCUUCUACUUUUAGUUCCUUUGAUUUUCAUGAUGACCAUUACAUGUUUUGUUAGGGCACAGAAUUAAAUAAUGUCUCACUUUUCUAUCUGCUAGUCCUUCUAUGACCCAAAUGGCACAUUUUGUUUUCUCUCAUUUCACCUGUCAUGAAAUUCCACGUGUUCGUGAUAAUGUAAGGAAA